GUUUCAUGAAUUCAGUUUGACAUGUUGGAAGUUGAGAGAUGAGAGCAGAGGACCCACGACUAACUGUGCCUACAGAUCAGGGCGUAUUUCACAAGAGACUCGGACCAAUGCAGAACUAGACUGCUGACUGUGACCGGUCACUCUGUCCAGUUGUUUGUCAUGUUUUAAAGUUGGCAGGCAGUUGUCGCGCAAUGCUAAAGGACGAGCGCACAUGCUAGCGCGGCCCCAGUGUCACUGCCUUUGAGUCACAGAGAGCUGUGCUGUUUUCGUUUGUGGUUGUCAGCUGCGGUGUGUUAUGUAAGGGUCUUUAAAAAGAAAGGAGAUAUUUUACUUUCUUUUUAGCCAGCAAGGACAUCUUCUCUUCGAAGAGCCGGACUUUGCUUGGCUUGGACAGUGGAGAUUUUAGCUUUAUUUGGACUGAAAUGAUCAUAGACUGCGGUUGACCGAGGAGCAGACGGUCUCAUAACAAUGACUUCAGAUGACUGGAGUGAACGCUAACUGUGAAGUUCAUCGCCUGCUAGGAUUUACAUUAACUGACUAAUCCCAGUGCACUCUUCCCUUCCUAUAAUGUUGGAGGGACUUGUUGCCUGGGUGCUCAACACAUAUCUGGGCAAAUAUGUGAGCAACCUUAACACUGACCAGCUCUCUAUUGCUCUUCUCAAAGGGGCAGUGGAGUUGGAGAACCUCCCACUAAGAAAAGAUGCUCUCCGAGGAUUUGAUCUGCCCUUUGAGGUUAAAGCAGGUGUCAUUGGGAAGAUCACCCUCCAGAUCCCUUUUUAUCGACCGCACAGUGACCCAUGGGUCAUCUGCAUGUCCCAGCUGAACCUGAUUAUCGGCCCUGCCCCCCCACAGGAAUAUGAUGAGGUGCGAGAAAGAGAAGCUGAGAGGGAGCAGAAGAAACAGCUGCUCAAGGCACUAGAGGACAAGUGGAAGAGUGAAUGUGAGCAGAAAGGAGAAUCUUACUGGUACUCUGUCACAGCGUCUGUUGUGACUAGAAUAGUUGAGAAUAUAGAGUUGAAAAUUCAAGGUGUCCACUUAAGAUUUGAAGAUGAUUUCUCCAACCCUGAGAAACCCUAUGCCUUUGGUGUUUGUAUCAAGAAUGUAUCUGCACAGAACUGCUCCAAAGAACCAGCUCAGAAGCUUAUUCGGCAGAAGGAGCUGGAAAUUGGUGAAUUCAGUGUGUACUGGGACACGGAGUGCAGCAUGCUUGGAGAUCUUCCCUCAACAGACGUACAGGAGAUGAUGAGUAAAUAUAUGCAGAGCCGUGAGCAUCAGUAUAUAUUUGAGCCAGUAUGUGCCUCUGUGCUGGUGAGGAGGAAUGCCUCUAAAGAGCCGCUACGAUCUCGUAACACGCCUCGCAUUGAGGGCCAAGUGCAACUGGAACCCCUCUCACUUCGUCUGUCACAGGUUCAGUAUCAACAGAUUAUGGCAUUCUUUAAAGAACUGGACCGACGAGAAAGGGAGAUGCUUUUUUGGAAGUGGAGACCAAAACAUCCCAUUUCUGGAAACUGUCGACAGUGGUGGAUGUUUGCCAUUAAUGCCAACCUGAAUGAGAUCAGAGAACAGCGGAGACAGGGAAGCUGGGACUUUGCUCUGCACAGGGCGCGUGAUGCCAAACUCUACACUAGCCUGUAUUUCCAGAGGCUUAAGGGAGUUACUUUGAGUCCACAGGAGGAGUGUGAGUUAGAGAGGAUUGAAGAUGAACAGACACUGGAGGAGUUGCAGAUUCUCCGGGACACUGUUUAUGUCUCCUUCCGCAAACAUGAGGAAAUUGCAGAGAGUCUACGAGAGCCUAUGAUAAAUGAGACCCCAGCCUCCUGUCCCUCAGGCUCUAUACCUAAAAGUGGGAGUUCUGGCAUGAUCCAGUAUCUGCAGUCUUGGUUCCCAGGCUGGGGUGGCUGGUAUGGAGGAAGUGAAAGAGGGCCAGAUGGACAACCAGUAUCAGAUGACCUUCUACCUGGCACUGCCCAGUGGGAAAUUCUUGCUGAGACAGAUGAUCUCUUUGAUCCUUUGGAGGAUUCACAAACACUGAAUACCUUUACAAGAAGGGAUCAUCUCUUUGCACGGUUGGACUUUAUCCUUGAGAAAGCAGCUGUCACCCUGUACCAUCAAGACAAAAUGAAACCUCUUUUGAAUGAGAGCGGGGUUAUUCAGCUAGAGUUUUCAGGUGUGAAGAUCGGAGUUGAGUCUCUUCCUCGCUCAGAGUCUUCAUUACUCACAGUGAAACUUGGUGGGCUGUUUCUCCGUGAUCUCACUACCCAGGGCUCCAUCUUUCCUGUUCUUGUUUCACCAAAACCGGACAAGGUGGCUGUUGCUAUCAGUCAGCCUUUUGGCCAGACUAACUGCACAGAAAUGAGCAAUCUAUCCUCUGAUAUGGAAUCAUCAGCACCACCUGUCUUUGAGAUGAUUUAUGAACGUAAUCCAAUAAGGAGCAAAUUUGAGAGGAGACUGGAGGUCAAUACCAGUCCUCUCAAUAUCAUUUAUAACCCUCAGGCUAUCAAGAAAGUGGCUGAGUUUUUCUACAAAGGAAGGGUCCACACUUCGGGAUUUGGAUAUCAGUCUGAGUUAGAGCUGAGAGUGGCUGAAGCAGCCAGGAGGCAAUACAACAAGCUGAAGAUGCAAACCAAGGCAGAAAUCAGACAAACCAUUGAUCAGCUGCUAGUUGGAGAGUUCAUUGAGAACAGUAAGCACUGGACUAUGAAAUUAGAUAUAUGUGCCCCUCAAGUCAUCUUCCCAGAUGAUUUUCAGUCUGAAGACCCCAUGCUAGUUGUUGUAGACCUUGGGCGAAUUCUUCUUACUAAUUCCCAAGAAGACCAUAAAACAAGUCCUAAGACCUCUCAGACAGAAGGAGAAAGUGAUGAAGAAUUCCAGACACCAUUAGCAACACCUCCUGGGACUCCACCUCCAGAGAAAGAGGUGGAUGUCAAAGGUCAAGAGAGGCCCUGUGAUAUUACCAGCCUUAAGUCAACAGAAGGUGCCCAAAUUGUCAGCAAAAACCUAUAUGAGAAGUACACCUUAUCUUUCAAUGACCUCCAGAUCAUGGUCGGUCACUAUAAAGACAAUUGGAAGCAUCUACAGGACAGUGAAGUGGGCCCCACUCAUGUGGUGGAGAAAUUCAAUGUCCUACUACAGCUAGAGCAAAGGCUACGAUACACAUCAGACCCUCAGUUUCCAGGGGCUGUUCUCUCUGGAACACUACCAGACCUUAAAGUGCACAUCAACCUGGAGAAGAUGACUGCCCUGAGAAGCUGCCUGGCUCGACUUGGUAAUUCAGGGGCAGAUGGAGGUGACGAACAUGGGGAGAACCUCAAAUCCCCUGACCCUCUUAUACUUCGUCAUGAGAAGAUAUUUCAGAGGGAAGAUAGUGAUUGGAAGCUCCAGAGUUCUGAUAAAAAUCUUACCAAGAGUGUGAUGACACUUGAGCAACAUACUCGAGAGGUGCUUGUGGAAUCUAGACUUCUGCUUGUAGAGUUUAACAUCAACUACAUGCAACUUGGCAUUGAAAGUGGAGGCCAGUAUAUUUCUGUUCUGAAAGUAUUUGGAACAAAGUCACAUUUUGUAAAGCGACCUUAUGAUGCUAUGGUUUCCCUCACAGUCCAUGGACUCUACCUUGUGGACACAUUGCAGACGUAUGGCUCUGAUUUUGAUCUUCUUGUUGCAUCACAUAAACACCUAAGUUUUGAUGUACCUACUGGAAGUCUGCGAGAGAGCCAGCCCACAUCACCUGUCUCACCAGACGGUAAAUCUCCAGAACUGCCAGGUCUGCGCAGGGACUCCUCGGAUCUUAAUUUUGACAAGGCAUCUCCACGGGGCUCUCCCCUGAGAGACCAGGAGGCACUCAUUAAGUUGGAAUACCAGUUUGUCAGCUCAGACUGUCCGUCUAUGAACUUGGACCGCUCUCUUCAGGUCACCUCCAUGCAGGUCAACAACCUGGAUAUCAUCCUUAACCCUGAAACCAUAGUAGAGCUUUUAAAAUUCCUUCAGCAGUCUUUCCCCAAAGAUGAAAACUCUCCAACACAACAGCUACCACCACUGCCUAAUGGAGAAGAGAAUGAGGAUACCUAUCAGUCCACUUAUGUCCAGAAUAAGGAGUUAACUGUUGAAAUUCACAGGUUAAACUUGCUGCUUUUGCGAACUGUUACCACCGGGACCGUUUUAGGAGGUGAGAAAAAAGGCAUGAAAAUUGCUACUGCCAGUGUAAAUGGCACAAAAGUCAAUGUUUCAAUGGGAAGUCGAUUGGAUGUCAAUGGUUCUUUAGGAUGCAUUCAGCUCGUAGACUUGACUCAGGAAGGUGGCAGAAGUCAGUUUGUGGUCAGUAUUGGAAGUGUAGAAGACAGCUCCUCUACAGAUGGUGUGGCAUUCUUUUCCAUUCCUGGCAUGGCUCCCUCUGAAGCUUUGAGUUUCCGAUUUAUGGAAAAAUCUCAGGGAGAAUGCUCCCUCCAACUUCAGAUGGCAUCUUUACACUAUAACCACUCAGCAAAGUUCCUGAAAGAACUCAGUUUAUCAGCAAAUGAAGUAGAAGACAACUUCCGGUCUAUGCUGAAAACUGCAGCUACAAAGGUCUCUACUGUAUUGGCAACAAAAACAGCAGAGUACAGUGGUAUGGUGUCUCUCUUUGAGAACCCAUACAGAAGAUCUAGGAGGCAGAGUCAGUGUAACUGGACACUUGACCCAUUUGAGGAAGACUAUUUCUGUGUCCCUGAAAAGGAACCAGGAUUGGAUUCUUUUAUGGUCAAGUUGACUCUAGAUGUCAGUAUAGAAUCCCCAGUUGUGUCUAUUCCUAGAAAACCUGGUCACCCUGAGUUGCUUGUAGGACAUUUAGGGAGCAUACGAAUUCAAAACUUUGUUACAGGGCAUGACUCAGAAGGGGAGAAACUGCAGGUUGAAGUGAAAGAUAUAAGACUCUAUUCAGUCAACACAAGCAACUUGAUUUUAAGAAAAGGAGCACAACUUAACAGCAGCACCACGUCUGGACCCUCACCUUCUCAUGGUGGCAACAUUAAUCUGAACGAGCCACAAUUUACACGACAUGACUUCUUUGAGUACUUGAGCCGAGGAAAAGCAUUUCAUAUUCUCAAAGAUGCCACCAUCCAGCUCACUGUUGAGAAAGUCCCUGUUGAUGAAAACUUACAUUUUACCUUCUCAAGUGAAGAACCUUACCAGAGCACUGGGUUAAUGAAAGUGGAUGGAAGAUUUGUUAAUGCCGUCCAGGUGUGUCUGUGUAAGCCUGUGUAUGAGCAGGUCCUUCAGACUCUCGAUAAUCUCUCUUUCAUCGAAGAUCAGAGAGUUACGCCCAGUCAGUCCCCCACACCACCACCUCCCACUCCUUCCUCCACUAAACUGCAUCGCUUCCCUGAUCUGCAAGGUGGACUCUUUGCUCGUGACCCUCCUUAUGUUGGCAUUUCUUACUCCUCAUUGUCUUCAUCCCUUUCAGCAACACUUCCACUGCAAAACAAGAGCCCCCCUCUCCAGCCUCCCUCUUUUACCCAAGUGAGGGCCAUCUUUCGGGUCUCAGAGCUGCAAGUGCAGUUGAGUGGAGACCUUAGCCAAGGAUGUCAAGGGUUGGUCAGUCUGCGCUUUCAAGACCUGGAGGGGGACUUCACCAAAGAUCAUCCCCAUUCAGUCUCCAUCCAACUAGCCCUUCACUCCUUGUUAAUGGAAGACCUGCUAGAGGAAAACCCUGAAUCAAAGUACAAACACCUUAUGGUGUCCAGAGGUGCACCAAAGCCCUCCACCUUCAGUCCAAAGGAAUAUUUGUCACAAUCUUGCCCAACAACGUCCAAUGUUCUGUGCGCAGAAAUGCCCCGUUCUCUUCCAGCACAAUUUGAAGAAGCACAGAAUGUUUUCCAAUUCUAUCAAAGGCACCCCAGUACACCAUCUGCAUCCAGUCGGAAGAGCAAGAAGGAUGCAGAGUGCCCCAGUACCCCUCCUCCAUCCCCAUCCCGCCAUACUCCGUCUCCACACCCACGGCCAGACUUUGAUGAUUCUUUGGUACAUAUCAACGUGCUAAUGGUUGAUAGGCGGCACCCAGAGUUUAAGACACGAUAUGGCAGUAUCGGCCGUAGUGUGGAUGUGGACUUCAACUGCCUUGAUAUUCUCAUCACACUGCAAACCUGGGUAAUGAUUCUAGACUUCUUUGGCAUUGGCUCUACUGCUAAUAACCAUGCUGUGAAAGUGCCUACCACCACACCUCAGCCUACACCUGAACACUCACUGGAAAAUAGUACCCUCAAUGAUCUGGGAGAUUUGUAUACAGAGAUUGAGGAAAGGGUCAAUACAAAGCUAGAUUUAAAGGUUCACUCUUUAUCACUGGUACUAAGGAAGAAAUCCAACGAGCUUGCUAAAGCUAGUGUCUCUAAACUAUUUACUCAUAUGGAAAUGAUUGAUGGAGAUCUGGCAUUGCAAGGAAGUCUGGGAAGUUUGUCAUUGAGUGAUUUGACAACCCACGGUGAUCUGUACAGAGAGAGAUUCACAACACAUGGUGGAGAGGCCCUUGUCUAUGACAUACACAAGUAUGGCGAACCUGACCCCUGUUUACAGCGAGAAUAUGAUAUGAAGGUGUCUCUUCAGAUGGCCUCAGUACAGUAUGUCCAUACCCAGCGCUUCCAGGCUGAGGUGGUGGCCUUCAUCCAGCACUUCACACAGCUACAGGAUGUCCUGGGCAGGCAGAGAGCAGCCAUUGAGGGUCAGGCUGUGCGUGAGCGCCCACAGCGAGCUCCGCGUGUGCUACUGGACAUUGAGGCAGGUGCUCCUGUCCUCUUGAUCCCAGAGAGCUCCCGCUCUAAACGCCUCAUAGUGGCCAACCUGGGCCAACUCCGAGUGCGUAACCGCUUCCUGCCUGCUGGCACUCGUGGCACCUUCUCUCUCAGAGAUAAGGAUCGCGUGAAGGAUGCCCAGUCUGCCUCGGAUGCUAGGAAGACUAUUGAUAAAAAGUCUUCAAGUUCCAGCACAAUGUCUGGAUUUACCCUGGGCAGACCCCAGCCUGGCCUCGAAUGCAUCCCAGAAGCAGAUGUGCCAUCGAGUCCAGAAGACCAUGUGUGUCUGCUGGACUGUAUAGCUCUGGACCUUCAGGAGAUGGACAUCUUUGCAGCAGAGCGGCUGCCCUGUGAACCAUGUGACAGUGAUGCAAAGCAUCUGGAAACAGACUUGAUCUUCCCAUCUUACGCAGUUCGUAGGAGUGGAGAGAGGCUGCUAAAGGAGCGCUGCUAUCUAAAGCUGAAAGUAGAGCGCAACCUUGACAAGGAACUAAGUCAUGCUGUCCCGGACAUGUCUAUCCACGGCAGCCUGUCUUCUGUCCACUGCUCCCUAGACCUGGAGAGGUAUCAGCUGAUCCGCGGACUCUUGGAGCACAACCUGGGAGAGCCUGUGGAGGAGUUCCUCAGACCUUACAAUCUCCAAGACCCCAGCACCUAUACCGUGUUAAGUGGUGAUGUGUACACAUCCCUGUCUCUUCUGGUGGACAUGAAGGACGUCAGUCUGGAGUUACUGGACAACCCUAAAUCUACAGGCCAUAACCACUCCUUGGCCAGGUUUGACUUUAUGAAAUCGAAGCUCCUGUUCGAGAGUUUCUCUAAUAGCUCCAAGUCUGUGAAUCUGGUGUCUCAUUCACUUCUGGCACAUGACACGCGAUUCACUGGGAGCAGUGGCCCCACAGAAGGGAAACGCAAUGUGUUUGAUUGCAUUCUGCAGCCGUCCAGGACCGGCGCUAACCGAGCCUCACUGCAGCUGGAGCUACAUUACAGAUCUACGCGGGACUCCUCAUGCUUCACGGUGGUUUUAAACAAUCUGCGAGUUUUCCUCAUUUUUGAUUGGCUACAGCUGGUGAGGGACUUUCUGCACAUGCCUGCAGAAAAAGGAGCAGCGCCUACCCACCAGCGCUGGCCUAGUGGCAGCAGUGACCAAGGCGGCACAGGAGCCGUCAUGCCCAGAACAGUCAAGAGUGGCGUGGUCACUAAACGAUCCACUGUGCCAGUCACUCAAGAUAAAUACCUGGAGGUCAAAAUCAAUGUGACAGGGACAGAGUUUGUGGUCGUUGAAGAUUCUUCAUGUUUGGACACCAAUGCUAUCAUUCUGAAAGGCACUACUGUACUCACCUACAAGCCUCGACUUCUGGACAGGCCUUUCUCUGGCAGCUUAGCAGGCAUUGAGGUAUUCUCCUGUCGACUUGGGAGUGAACAGGAAACAGCUUUGUCUAUCAUUGAUCCUGUCAAUAUACAAAUGGAGCUCUGUGGCAGCCCAACGUACCAGAGCAGUUCAGGACUCCUUGAUGCCUUCAACAUAGAGGACUUUCCACCUCUGUUGGAGAUCCAGUUUCCAGCUCUAGACAUCCGUCUUUCCUACAAUGAUGUGCUGCUUUUCCUGGCAAUAGCCAAGUCCAUUCCAACCACAGGAUCCACCGGCCCUUCGGACACUGCCACAGAAGCUGAGAUUUCAGCGUCCACUGCCAGCACAGACACUCCAUCCAAAUCAAAGGACAGCUUUAAGCAAAAGACAGAGGCUUUACUGGAGGGUCAGCUUAAACGGUUACAGGAUCUUGGGUUCAAAAGGGAAGACUGCAGACGGGCACUCAUUCACUGUAAAGGUCAGUUGGACCAAGCCGCCACAUGGCUGUUGGAGAACGCAGAGAGCAUGUCUGGCCGAAGCCGAACCGACUCAGACUCCAGCAGCCACUCGGCUCCUCCCCUAUCUGGAGUGGAAGUGAAGGCAGAGAGCGUGUGUAUCUGCUUUAUCGAUGACUGCCUGGACUGUGACGUCCCUCUGGCAGAGCUCACCUUCUCACGUCUUUAUGUUCUCCAGAGGAUUGGGUCUAUAAAGGAAGGCAAGGCUAGUUUCACUCUGUCUGGAGAUUAUUACAACAGAGAACUCUCAGGCUGGGAGCCAUUCAUCGAGCCUUGGCCAUGUUUCCUGGAUUGGCAGCGACAGGCGGCAGGCCGGCUCCAUCCUCCUCGCCUGAAGAUCGGAGUUCGAGCCAAGCAGAGGCUGGAUGUCAACAUCACCUCGGUCUUACUGGAGCAGUACAGCACCACCAAGACUUCGUGGUUAGCAGAUUACUGCAAGGAAGACGAGCAGUCGCCACAGUCCUCCGCCGCCUUGUCUUGGAUGGGAUCAUCAGUGGACCCCCCCUCCUUUGGCCAGAGUCUUCCUCUUGCCUACCUUAGAACUAGAAGCUCUACCAGCUUGACUUGUCUCGAGCAGCAGAUUCAUGCCCGAGCGGAUAUGAAGCUCUCCAAGAGGAGACAACCAUUUGUGCCCUAUGCCUUACGUAACCAUACUGGAUGCACUAUGUUGUUUGCUACUCUCACUACCACACCAACCAGAGUGGCGCUGUCUCACAGCAGUAGUGCUGACUCCAUAUCUGAUGUGCAUGGGCCUGGGACCGACGAUACGCACAACAUCAGCCAGUGGAGAGAGGUGCUGCCAGGGGAGGAGAUCCCAUUUGAGUUUGAGGCCCGGGAGAAACUGAGACACAGGUGUACAAAGCAGAUCUACCGCCAACCAGGUCACACCAUCUAUCUGCUGCCCACCCUGGUGCUGGCCAACCUUCUUCCCUGUGACCUUAACUACUACAUCAAAGGGACCUCAAUCAAGGGAACCAUGAAACCAGGCAAAGAGGCAGUGCUGCAUGCAGCAGACACGUCACAAAAUCUAGAAUUAGGUGUGCUCCUGGAGAACUUUCCUAUGUGUAAGGAGCUGCUCAUCCCUCCCGGUACACAAAACUAUGUCGUGCGCAUGCGGUUAUAUGAUGUCAACAAACGGCUGAUCUGUCUCACCAUACGGAUUGUUCUCAGAGCCCAUGGAGCAUUAAAAAUCCUCAUCUCUGCUUCCUAUUGGCUUGUCAACAAGACUGGGCUGCCUCUGAUCUUUCGCCAGGACAAUGGGAAAACGGAUGCCGCUGGGCAGUUUGAGGAGCAUGAGUUAGCCAGGAGUUUGAGCCCAUUGCUCUUUUGCUACACUGACAAAGAGCAACCCAAUAUGUGCACCAUGCGGAUCGGUAAAGGGAUCCACCCAGAUGGUGUUCCAGGAUGGUGCCAAGGUUUCUCUCUGGAUGGGGGGAGUGGAGUGAGAGCAGUUAAAGUCAUCCAGCAUGGUAACAGACCCGGACUCAUCUACAAUAUAGGAAUAAAUGUGAGAAAAGGGAAAGGACGUUAUCGUGACACACACAUUGUGACCUUUGCUCCACGAUACCUGCUUGACAAUCGAUCAUCUCACAAGUUAGCCUUUUCUCAGCGGGAAUUUGUCAGAGGAAAGGGUACUGCAAAUCCAGAGGGAUAUAUCUCCACCCUGCCAGGCUCUAGUGUUGUGUUCCACUGGCCCAGAAAUGACUACGAUCAGCUUCUCUGUGUCCGUCUCAUGGAUGUUCCCAACUACACCUGGUCUGGAGGUUUUGAGGUCAACAAGCCUAAAUCCUUCCACAUCAACAUGAGGGACACUUUGGGAAACUGCUUCUUCCUCCGAGCUGAGAUUGCUUUGAAAGGGGCAACAUAUCAAAUCUCAUUCAGUGACACUGACCAGCUGCCCCCACCCUUCCGUAUAGAUAACAUCUCUGAGGUGCCUAUCCAGUUCUGGCAACAUGGAGUGGCUGAUAUCAGGCUACACACAGAGGUAAAACCUGGGGCGGUUCUGGACUAUGCCUGCGACGAACCCAUUUUUCAACCCUACAUCACCCUCACUGUGAAGGGAGCUGGAUCCUCAGAGGUUACUGCUGACAUGAACUUCUUCAGAGAAUACAACAAGCUCUACUAUGAGAACUUCAUCUACAUUGCUGCAUCCUUCACAUUCUCAGAAGAUGCAGGAAAGAGGCCAGUGGGGAGGAAACGGGUGGUCAGCUGUGCUGAACUGGUGCUGGAUGUGGAGACAAAAACACAAAGAGUCAUCCUGAAGAAAAAGGAGCCUGGAAAGCGCUCCCAGCUUUGGCGGAUGACGGGAACAGGAAUGCUCUGUCAUGAGGGCUCAUCUCCUCCACAGAGCAAACCUUCUCAGCCUCGACCCCUCAGUUCAUCUUUAGUGCUUGACAUUGCUGGACUGGCUGCAGUGACAGACAACAGCUAUGAGCCUCUAAUGUUGAGACGGCCAGACUGCCGCCGCAGCACCACCCAGACAUGGCACUUUAGCUCUGGCAUGUUGACCUGUGGUUUACCCAGACUAGUCGUCCAGGUAAGAGGGGGAGUUUCUGGACUAUAUGAUGGUGCUGAGGUGGUACUGGGACCAGACUCUGGUGUUUUGGAACCGUUACCAGAGCAACAGUUCAUCAACCAGAAAAUGAGGCCUGGCUCAGGGGUUCUGUCUAUACAAGUCCUGCCUGAUGGGCCAACGCGAGUAUUGCAGAUCAGUGACUUCAACCAACGGCGCGUGAAUAGACCCUCUCCCAGCACAGAGGAAGACCAGAAUAAAGAGAGCGCUCAGAAGAAAGUUCCUGAGGAGGAACUUGAGGUGUUGGUGAACCUAGAGGAAGGAGUGGGCCUGUCACUGGUAAAUAAGCUUCCUGAAGAGCUCGUUUUUGCCACUCUGUCUGGCAUUGAUGUGCACUUCAUCCGUACCACUGCCAGCCAGGUGCUAGAACUUACAGUGAAAGACAUUCAGGUGGACAACCAGCUCCUGGGCACCACUCAUCCUGUUAUGCUGUGUGUGGCUCCAAGCUCCAGUGAAAGUUCUGCAGUGGACUCAGGCCCUGCUUUGCAGGUCAACUCUGUUAAAGUGCCCAGCAGUCUUAUGCUCACAGAUCUUUAUAAGCAUCUGAUGGUCACAGCCCGCCGCUAUACUGUCAUCAUUGAGGAGAAGCUCCUAAUGAAACUGCUCAUAUUCUUUGGCUACGGUCAGGCAGAGGGAGAGGUGGAGAAGCUGGAUGAGAACCUUUAUGAGAAAACCAAUGACGAUGCAGGAACUCCAAAGCGUUAUUAUUUUGAGAACUUGAAGAUCAGUCUUCCUCAGGUCAAGCUGAGUGUCUUCACCUCUCACAAGUUACCCCCUGACCUGAAGGCUUUGAAGGGAGCCCUUGGGUUCCCACUCAUUCGUUUUGAAGAUGCAAUCAUUAACAUGUACCCUUAUACUCGAGUCCAUCCCUAUGAGACGCAGGAGAUGAUCAUCAGUGACAUCCUCAAGCACUUCAAAGAGGAGCUUAUCAGCCAGGCAGCUCAGAUCCUGGGUUCAGUGGACUUCCUGGGUAAUCCCAUGGGCCUACUGAAUGACGUUACUGAGGGUAUGAAUGAACUUAUCAAGUACGGCAACGUUGGAGGGCUCAUCCGCAGUGUUACACAUGGUGUUUCCAACUCAGCUGCCAAGUUUGCAGGUACCUUAUCAGAUGGAUUGGGCAAGACAAUGGACAAUCGCCAUCAGACUGAACGAGAGUGCAUUCGCUAUCAUGGAGCAACCAGCGGAGAGCACCUUGUGGCGGGGAUUCAUGGUCUUGCUCAUGGCAUAAUUGGCGGUCUGACCAGUGUGAUAACAUCAACAGUGGAGGGGGUGAAGACUGAGGGAGGUGUCGGUGGAUUUUUCUCUGGUCUGGGGAAGGGACUGGUCGGCACAGUGACAAAACCUGUGGCAGGAGCCCUGGAUUUUGCCUCAGAAACAGCACAAACUGUCCGAGACAUGGCCAGCCUAAGCAACAGGUAUUUUCUUUUCUCAACUAUGUAUUCAGGUUAUUUUUUCUAUUAUGGAAGAGGAUGUGGAGUGGCCAUUCCAGGUCCAUCACACCAGAAACCUAUGGUCCAUGUGAAUAGUGAGAGCCUUGCCAUCAAGAUUUCACAAGAAAUCAAUUACGCCAAGAGCCUUUACUAUGAACAGCAGCUCAUGCUGCCUCCCAGUGAGAAUGAGGAUAGCUUAUUAUUAGACUCUUAACUACACUGACCUGCAGGGUAGAAGGUGUUUCUCGCUCAUUUUUCAACAGCUACUUCCUUUUUUCUGUUUCUGUGGAAAGACAGUAAUAAAUCAGCAGAGUGUGAUCACCCACUUAAGCCAGUGUACGGGACAUGCUCACAGCAUGUGGUUUGUUCAGUGAUGCAAACUAGUCUAGAGGGGCUGCUGUGAGCUCCAGCAGGCACAGAUUUAACUUGAACAUAUGCGAGUAUUUUAUGUUCCUUGCAAACCUUAGCAGUAUAAUUAAUUUUGUUUUACAAUUGGUAAAAUAACUGGUGUUUGUCGCUAGAUGUACACGGCUAUUCUGACACUGUGUAUAUAUUUGUGUAUAGAUCCUCUUAUGUACAUAGAUAGGCACAAACCAAUAGGACUAUAUCUGCCAUGUAUAUAUAAUGUUGAAAAUAAGAAUAUGUUAUGAAAUUAAUCUUGGGUUGCUGUACAAAACUGCCUUUAAAGAAAGUUAAUUUUGCUGAGUGAUCGGAGGUUGAUUGAAUGAUUGAAUUGCACUGAUACAAAUGUAGGAAACUUAAGCUGCUCUCUCCAUUCCCUGGUGAGCCAACAUUAACACAAACACAACACAGAGAAUGAGUGUUGUAAAUACUGUCAUUGCAUUUUUCACUUCUCCACAUGCAGUCCACCCACAAAACAUCUGUCUGACGUUUUUCUUCUACCAGUUUCUUAUAUUCUUGUCCUUUCUAUAUUCACUUUAAGGAAGGUAAUGAGAAAUUUGACGUGUUUACCCUUUAUUUAGUUUCUAAGAUCUUUUACAAGUUCAAGCUUAAGAUAUGAAACACUUUUAACAUAUUUCAACAUAUAAAAUAAUGGUGUUCUGUAGCACAUAAAAUAAUGGUUCUCUGCCUUUUUGUGCGUACAAUCAAAAUGAAGAUUUGUCAUCUGCUAUUUUCACAUCACAGAGACAAUAAUCUACUGUACUUAAUUUUCCCCCAUCUCAAACACUUAUUUUACUCACUGGUUUAAAUUGAACAAUAUCAAGUAAUUCAUUAAGUCUCACUGAAUGAAGCUAUUCAUUUUAAGUUGUUACAAGUUGCUACCAAAGAUCAGACACUAUUAAUGUUUUCUCUUUUAGAGAAGUAUCGUCCUCGCUUAUCUUAACUGUGUACAUAUACUAGUCUUUCAAAAUAAAAUGUAGAUUUUUAACUUCUGUGACCGUGCCUCUGAAAACACUGGUCAAUAUAAUUUAGGAUAAUAUGAACAGUACUCCUAAUGUGUUUUCUAAGUUGUCUAUUAUUUAAAUAUUAAUAUGUUGAAUACAACCCUACAAAGCUGGUUUCCUCUAUAACUGCACAAAUAUGCAAAGUAAAUAUAGUGUAUAUUUAUUUUGUUUUAAUAUGCAAAUGUGUAAA